AUGGAGCCCUCAACGCCCUCCCGUCCGCCCAAGGACAUCGACACGGCCUACACCAGGCCACUGGAGCCGGAGUCACCGGCCAAUUUUGUCGCUGGAAAGGCUGGCAAGAGGCAGAGGAAGACUGUCACAAUGCCUCCCCCAGUCCUCAAAGGAGCCAGCGACAGCAUCCCCACGGCCACCUCUCGGCUGCAGAAGCAGUUUGAGGAGGCUCAGCAGCAACAGAACCUGCAGCAGAAGGCCCUCAUCAGGUUGGCGAAGACUCUGGACAGCUGGGUUGAGGAGGAGAAGCAGUCAGUCAGUCAGAACUUUGCCCGAAUCUUCUGUGAGAGGUUUGUCAAGUAUGUGACAGCAGAUCUGAGUGCAGCAUCAAUUCUGAGAGGGGGUGCUGCCCCGGAUACUCAUCCGCAGCCAAAUGCAGCAAAGACAGCUGCGAGGGAGCCGACUACCUGGGCGGGUGUUGCUCAGAGGGGGAAAAACUCUGCCCUCCCUGGGGUUGCCCCUGCCAAGACUGCGGCUUCCUCAGCAGGCAGGGCUAGUGGAGCUAGCCUGCAGCCCAAAAGCGCCAGUCAGCCAGGGGGCCCCACAGGGGGCACAAAACCGCAGGAGGACCCACGAGUCCUCGUCACCCUCCAGCCAGAGAAACGGGUCGCCCGGCUACAGCCAUAUGCUGUGCGGCAGGCAAUCGCUGCAAACAUUCAGGGGGUGGGGGAUGUGGCCAAUGUGCCGAAGGUGGAGCCCACCAGGACAGGUUGGGCGAUCACACCAAGCAACAGAGGCAUACGCGACGCUCUGACCACUGAGAAGGCAGUGGCUACUCUCUGUGAAGUCCUUGGCGCCAUGGAGAUCCGGCUACCAGAGCGGUGGUACAAUUAUGCUGUCCCAGGGGUCCCAGAAUCUGUCCAGGACUGGGAAGGGGCAAGAAUCCCCACAGACAAGAUGAUUGAGGGAGAGGUUCUGGCUCAGGCAAAGGAUGCCAGGGGUUCUGCCACCCACCAAAGUGUGCGCGACUGGCAAGAUGCUCCAACUGCAGUGCCACAGGGAUGCUCAGGAGCGGCAACCGCCGCCAGCACAGCCAGCACCAAUGGUCGCAGUGGUGACGAUUUAAACCCCAUGGUUAAUUUGAGAUCGGGUGGAACGCCUGAUUUGACGAAAGAAUACGUGACAACGCGUAGAAGAAGAAAUCCCCAAACGCCAGAGGCACAACAGGAAUCGAACGCAGGUUUACCAACGCCUGCAACCAACAAGGUGACUGCCCCGGGGGCAUUUGAACCUGACGACACAAUCGAAGAGGAAUCGAACGAGUCGAAUAUCGAAUACGAAGACCCGGUUAACGACAACGAAAUGUCAGAUAACGCGGGUGGCCCUAGUAGCCAUGAUGUGAGCGAAGAAACUCGCAUGAGACUGGAGAUCGCGAGACUCCAACAUGAAGUCCAACAAAUGAGAACUGGUAGGGGUCAGGCCUCUACAAGUGAUGAGAACAUCAGUGCAGAUCUAGCAAACUAUCUGCAGAGGAAAGGCAGAACGUCUGCUAUCGUGAAAAUCCUUAAUGAGUUCCGUGAUCAACGAUUUUGGAAAGAACGCAACAUGUGGCUAUACAACUACAUGUGGUCAUCAGUUGCCCCACAGGCAAAAUCUCAUUUUACUAUACCCAAGGAUUGCGAAUUAUCUGCGUAUUCUCUAUGGUCUAUCAUAGAGGACAAUUUCGCUGAAAGGCCUGCUGUCCUAAGGACAAGGUUAUACAAGGAGAUGACAAGCAUGACAGCCAAGUCAAAAGGCUCUGAUCGCGCGUUUAUCGAACGCUUGAUCGCCAUAAGGACUGACUAUAUCCGCCUAGGAUAUAGGGUCGAAGAUUUCAUGUUUUUUGACUGCUUACUUACUGGGGUAAGCAAAGGGUGGGCCUCGUUCAUUAAGAACCGUAUGGACCAAAUUGAGAAAGAUAACGCCCAACCCUUAGAGAGUGAUUUCAUGGCCCUUUGCCGCGAUAUCCUCUUGCGGCUUCCGACAACUGAUGAAUCCAAUGCUGACACGUCUAGGAACCCUACCAACAACGCGCAGGACUCCAAAUCCGACAAGAAGGAUAAGAAGGGCAAGGAUAAGGAUAAGGAGAAGGAGAAGGACCCCAAAUCUGACAAGAAGGGCAGUGAGACACGGACCUGCUUCCAUUGCCAGAAGACCGGUCAUAUCCAGAACGAUUGCUGGAAGAAAUACCCAGAGAAGCGUCCGUCCAAUCCCAACAACGCCAAUAAGGAUAAGGACAAGGGUGAUACCAAUGCUGGCACUGCUCCUGUCCAUAACGUCGUGGAACAAGUAUUCUGUAUGACGGACAAGGCCUACAUGAGCAGCGAAAGACCCACGAGAGAUACCUGGAUUCUAGACUCGGGUGCGGGUGCCCACGCAACACCUCAUAAAGAUCUUGUCGUGGCAAAGCCCCAAAAAUAUACUGUCAAGUUGGAAAUGGCAGAUGGAACGAUAGUGCCUGCCGCAGCGAUAGGCGACACGAAGAUCACCGUUGAAGGGGCGGACAUGCUACUAACUGGCGUCCGCUACGUCCCGAAAUUAGAAGUGAACCUCAUGAGCAUGGGUAAGCUCGUACGCCAGGGCUUUACCUUCAAGCAGUUGGCAUAUGGAAGCAACCACGCCGUGCUCUUUAUGUCCCCAGAUAGAACGUUCUCCUUCACGGCGAAGUUGAACGACAAUGAUAUCUACGAGGUGGAGAAGCCGCCUACCUUCAAGGAUCUAAUUCGAUUCGCCCUGUCCAACGGCAAAUUUGAACCUGUCAACGCGAUGGCGGACGACAGGACUACUGACGCGAUACUGGCGCUGCCCAACAACGACAUAAAGGUUAUAGAACUAACAAUGACACAGUGGCACCAAAAAUUAGGGCAUCUAAAUCCCGCGGAUAUCGCUAGAAUGGCAGCAGAUCCACGCCUAGGAAUGAGAAUCAUCGGCCAACGAGCUUUACCGUUUUGCAAAGUCUGUGUCCAAGCAAAGAUGACACGUCCAACCUUUGCGCCCAUGACGCGAGCUACCAAGCCGGCGAUGAGACUCUUCAUCGACCUAGCAGGGGGUGGAAAAACGCUUUUUGACGGGAACGACCUACCCACUAGGGGGGGUGCUAGCUACUGGCUAGGGAUAACAGAUGACGCUACGAGAUACCGAUGGGCAAUCUUGAUGAUGUCGAAGGGCAUUGAGGCAACUACGCAACGCCGUGUAGGCACCCUACACUGGGAUGGUGGCAGCGAGUUUAAAGGCCAAGAUCUGAAGGCCUACUGCCAGAGCAGAGGAAUUGCGUAUGAAACGACUACGCCUGAUACGCCGCAAUCGAACGGCCCUGCUGAACGCGCCAACAGGAUUGUUGCAGAAAAGACAAGAAGCCUUCUAUUUGAUAGCGGACUAGCUAAGGAAUUGUGGGGUGAGGCGAUGCAAGCCGCGAUCAUGAUGAUCAACACGUCCCCAACGUCAACUAAGAUAUACGGAUGCAAGCAAGUAGUUCCGCUUACGCCAUUUGAGGCAUGGACUGGGGUGCAACCUACUGCCCAUUGGAUACGCAGGUGGGGGUGCAAGGUCUACAAGAAGAACCUAAAGGUUACCAAUAAGCUCGCGGAUAGGACUGACGGCAAGGAAUGGCAGCUAGUUGGCUACCAAGGACUGCACCAAUAUCGUAUCUGGGACCCAAUUGGCCGUCGCCUUGAAAUCGCGCGAGAUGUCGUAUUCGACGAAGGACUAGACAAGGGUGAAACCACGCCUGCGAACGUGGUGAGGCAAUCGAGCGAAUUACCAGAAGAAUUGGACGUACUAGAUGCUGCUGAUGGGUGGCAACACUGCCUCCUGCGACACCUAGCAAAGGUGAAACCUGACGUUUUGAAGAUGAUUGCCAAUGGGGAUCUUGAAGGUGCGAUAGAUCCAACAUACCUUCUAGAUAAUGAGACAGAACUUGUCGAGAAUGAUGAACCAGAAGACCCUGCCAAUGAGGACGAUCCUGUCCUGAGCACCCUAACUGACCGCCCAACUACCGUGGCGGAAGCCAAAAGGAGCCCUGAUUGGGACUACUGGUAUGAGGCGAUGAAGAAAGAGGUCAGCAUGUUUGAGAACAAGCAGACAUAUAUUGUCGUUGAGAAGACCCCAGGCAUGGAUAUCUUAACUGGUAAAUGGGUGUUUGAUCGCAAGUUGAACAAUAAGGGAGAAACAAUCCGGUUUAGAGCUCGCUGGGUGGUUAGGGGAUUCCUCCAACAACAAGGAGUCCACUAUACAAAGUCGUACGCCGCGGUGGUAUCAGGACCCACGUCACGGAGCUUAUUCGCAAUCUCAACGGCAAAGGGGUGGAAGGCAAAGGCGAUCGACUACGUCUCCGCGUUCUUGAACGGCAUACUACCGCAGCACGAGAUGGUAUAUAUGCAACUGCCUACAGGGAUUAAGCACGGCAGGGGGGGCCUGGUUGGCCUGCUCCGCCAGAGCCUUUACGGGAUGAAGCAAGCAGCGAGGGUGUGGUAUUUCCUUGCGACGGAACACCUCACCACUCUAGGAUUCAAAAUCUCGCCGUUUGAGACAAAGGAUGUCGAAGAGAACAAGCCCUACCUUGGAAUGGAAGUCAAACGUCAAAUGAACGGCGACCUAGCGGUUACCCAGAACCGUUAUAUCGAUGAGAUCCUUGAGGAUUUUGGAAUGGACAAGGUCAACCCGGCCAGCACGCCGAUGGCGGCCGGCAUACGCCUAGAAUUCUCACCAGAUGAAGAUAGCGGUAUUUGGUGUCAAGCAGCAGACCAGAUCUGGCAUUCGCGGUCAACUACCUCUCACGUUUCAACUCGCGUCCGCUACAAGGAAUGCUGGGCAGCAUUAAAACACGUCCUACGCUACGUCAAGAAAACGAAGGAUCACGGAAUCCUAUACAAGAAGGAGAUGAUUGGGGGACUCAGUCCUGUCGCGUACAGCGACUCAGAUUGGGCAGGGGCAGACCCCCAAUACAAGUCAACUACAGGUUACAUUAUCCUGCUAAACGGAUCACCAAUCUCGUGGCGGUCGCAACGGCAGACCUCAGUUGCAAAAUCAACCACUGAGGCGGAGUAUAUCGCGGCAAGUGAGGCAGCGUGCGAAGUGAUCUGGCUGAAUGACAUGUUAUUUGAUGCUGGAUUAGUAGAAGGGAAAGCGAAGGUAUGCUCGCACCUGCGAGUUGACAACAAGGGCGCGAUAGAUUCUAGCAAAAGGGGAGUCCUUGACAAGGAGGUCACGUAA